AUGCCGCUCGGCGUCUUGGACGCGGCGACGCGCCGGCUCCUCGUCCGGGAGCUCGACGAGUCGAAAGCGAGGCAGGUCAUGGCGGCGGACGACCCGAGCGCCGCGAUUGAAGCGCUCGUGCGCGGCGGCGAGGGCCGCGAGGCGGCCGGCGAAGACGCCUCGGCGGCCGCCGCGCCGGCGGCGGCACACGCCGUGGCGGUGGCGCCACGCGCGGCGGCGACGGCCGCGGCGUCGGCCGUACAGCCCGCCGUACGUCUCGCGUCGGCGACGACAGAGCAGGAGGCCAAGGGAGACACGGAGAUGCGCGACCUCACCGAGGCAACGGCGGCGCUGGUAACACGCGAAUCGUCCGACGUGCCAGGCUCUCCGGCACCGCGUGCUUCGACGCCACCUACGAAGGACACCCCUGUGAAACAGCAUCUGGACGAGGACGGAGAGAUGCACUCGAAACGAGGUGCGAAAACUGCGUCGCCUUCUCCUCAAGGCGGCCGUGAAAUCGACGAAGACGUAAAUCUCGCCGACAACAACGAUGGCGCCGUCAAGGCCAGUGGCGACGAACCUCUGCCGCCGCCCGAGUUGGUUCGUUCCAAGAAAAAGGGGCGGGGCGAGGCAUUCGGCGACCUCGACCUGGCCAAAUCUAUACUGAGUGUAGCGGAUGUCUCCGAAGACGAGCUCCGGACCGCCGCGUUGGAAGCCCUCGCGCGCGCCGACGAGAAAAAGUACGGCAUGAUCUCUCCGACGUCAUAUCUCCGCGUGCCCAUCGACGGCCGCCGGCCAAUCGACGACGUCCUGAGGAUAUUGCCGCAAUUGAGCGAAACAGACCUCCGGACCAUCGCCGGUGACAUGAAGGCGCUCGCCAACGCGAAGGCUGCGGCUGCAGGCGAGGCGUGAGAAGACCGC